AAUAACAACUAGUUUGACUUGUGUCUGACUAGUGAUGUGGAAAAACACUAUGAAAACAGUGCGGCGCCAAAGUGCAGCCCAUCAGCUGUUUAAUGCCAGAGACCUGUCACUGGGUGGGACGCUUGGUCAGCAGACCCACUUGGAACUGCUGGAUAAGUCCCCAACGCGCACAGAUGAGAGAUGGCAGCAGGCGAUGUCCUAUGGGGAACUGCCCGGACCCAAUGGUUGGCGCAUGCUAUCCUACUUUUUGCCAGGCGGCAAACUGCACAACACAAACCUCAUUCAAAUGAACCGUCGCCUACGAGAGAUGUACGGGGAUAUCUAUCGCUUGCCGGGCUUGAUGGGCAAACCAGAUGUAGUCUUCACAUAUAAUCCAGAGGACUUUGAGUUGACCUACCGCAACGAAGGCGUUUGGCCCAUACGCAUCGGCCUGGAAAGCUUCAGCUACUACCGCAAGGUGAAGCGACCGGAUGUGUUUGGAGGCAUUGGUGGUCUGGUAUCAGAACAGGGCAAGGACUGGGCAGACAUCCGCAACAAGGUGAAUCCUGUGCUCAUGAAGGUUCAGAACGUCAGACAGAAUCUGCCGCAGCUUGAUCAGAUAGCGAAGCAGUUCAUAGAUAAACUGGAGAGUCAGAGGGAUCCGGAAACCCACUUGCUCCAGGCUGACUUCCAUGAUCAGCUGAAGAAUUGGGCCUUUGAGUCCAUCAGCUUUGUGGCCUUAAACACACGCAUGGGUCUGCUCAGCGAUCAGCCGGAUCCGAACGCCGCUCGCCUGGCCAAGCACAUGAGCGACUUCUUCAACUACAGCUUCCAGUACGAUGUGCAACCCUCGAUCUGGCCCUACUACAAGACGCGGGGCUUCAACCGGUUUCUUAAGACCUACGACGACAUAACUGAGAUCACCACCAACUACAUCGAAGAGGCCAUUCAACGCUUUGAGAUCGAUGACGGCCGCAAGAACAAAUGCGUCCUGGAACAGUUGUUGGGACUUAACAAGCAGGUGGCCGUAGUGAUGGCCAUGGAUAUGUUGAUGGCCGGAAUCGAUACGACUUCUUCUGCCUUUGUAACGAUUCUCUAUCACUUGGCAUGCAAUCCCUCAAAACAAUCGCAACUGCGCCGAGAACUUCUCCACAUUCUGCCCGACUCCAAGGGCUCGCUGACCGAUGAGAGCACCAAGAACAUGCCUUAUCUGCGAGCCUGCAUCAAGGAGGGACUACGCAUCACGUCAAUCACACCUGGAAACUUCCGCAUCACAACCAAAGAUCUGGUGCUCUCCGGUUAUCAGGUGCCCCGAGGCACUGGCGUCCUAAUGGGCGUCAUGGAGCUAUCCAACAGCGAUGAGUACUUUGCCCAGAGUGCGGACUUCAUCCCCGAGCGUUGGCUCAAGGCGGACAUAGCUGGCGAUGUCCUGGCCUGUCCGGAAGCCAGAACCCGCAAUCCGUUUGUGUACCUGCCCUUCGGGUUUGGACCUCGCACCUGCAUCGGCAAGCGCAUCGCAGAGCUGGAGAUAGAGACCCUACUGGUGCGUCUUCUGCGUCGUUACCACGUCAACUGGCUGCCCAACGCUCCCCUCCAGUACGAGAGCACCAUCAUCCUGUCGCCCUGCGGCGACAUCCGCUUCAAGUUCUUGCCCGUCGAAGGUGUUCGUGAAUCCUUGUGAUAUUUUGCCUACGCUCAAGUACAGACUGUCGAUUGAGUUCAGAGAUUUACUCGCAGUACGAUAUUCACUAACAAUAUGGGAAUUUAAAGUAAAAAAGUAAGGAAAUGUAUAUAGAUAUAUAGAUA